AUGUCGAGCAAAAGACACUCGAUUCUCCCGGCCAUUGACCGCAGUGGUCCCAAGCCACCAGUCAAUUUCUCAUCCUCGCUCACCAUAUCGGACAAUGCUAUUUUACAAGGCACCCAUUCCAUCACGAUGCAGUCCGAGACUGUAAUACAUCCUCGGUCGCGGUUCGAAUCCCACCUCGGCAGUGUACUCGUAGGACGACGGUGCAUCAUCCACGAACGAGCCCACAUCGGAGUGCGCCCUUCUGAUGUAGACACCGUCAAGCCUGGAGGCGUCGUGCUAGGAGACUACGUCGUUGUGGAAGUUGGAGCAGUGAUUGAAGCGGGCGAUACCGAGGUUGGCGAGGGGACGACCUUGCAGGUCGGGUGCAAGAUCGGCAGCGGCGCCAAAAUCGGAAGACACUGCACAAUCUCCCCCAAGACGGUUAUCCCACCGGGGGAGCAUCUACCGGAUUACACCGUCGCUUACUCGGAUGGCUUACGGCGAUUAGAUAACCGGGGCGUCACAGACAUGCGGAAGCUGGGGCUGGUAAAGCAGAUUGCUGUUUUGAAAAAGAUGAUACCCAGCAACCCGGACAAGUUCAAGUGA